AUGGCGGAGAAUGGCGAAGAAAAACAAGAAGGUCGCAUCUAUUUCCGUAAACCCUUGAAGAACAAUAAUAUAUCAAUACAAACUAAAGGAGAUGAAGCCUCUGCUGUUGUGAUGAAGAAGAAAUUGCCUGCUCCACCAGACAAUAAACUACAUUUUGCAACAUCUCGAUGGUUUUCUAAGCAAUUAGAGAAGGCGUCGAUGUUUCAGUACGAUUCUUCCAAAGAAAUUCAAGUUCACAACGACAGUAGAGCAACAGCAACACUCGAAACAGAAACAGAAUUUUCCAGAGAUUCGAGGUCAAUUCGUGAAAGAGUUCUGAAGCGAGCAGACGAAGCUUUAAAAGGCAAACAAAAGAGUAAUUAUAAUGACGAUCAUAAGUUAUACAAAGGCAUUCAUGCGUAUACGGAUCAUAAAGCUGGUUUUAGACGUGAGCAAACUGUUUCAAGUGGAUUCCAUGGUCCAUUGAGAGCUCCUGUUCAUAUUAGAACUUCGACUAGAUUCGAUUACCAACCAGAUGUGUGUAAGGACUAUAAACAAACCGGUUACUGUGGUUACGGCGAUUCAUGUAAAUUUUUACAUGAUCGCGGCGAUUAUAAGUCAGGCUGGCAACUAGAGAACCAAUGGAAUGAAUCAGAGAAGGAAAGGAAGAGGAAAUUGGCAUUCAAAGAUGAAGAUGAUGAUGAUGAUGUUGAAGAUGAAGACGAUGGACUUCCGAUUGCUUGUUUUAUCUGCAGAGAUCCAUUUGUUAACCCUGUUGCGACCAACUGCAAGCAUUAUUUCUGUGAGAAGUGUGCUUUAAAGCACCAUGGAAAGAAGAAAUCGUGUUAUGUGUGCAAUCGGCCAACGCAUGGGAUAUUCAACUCGGCACAUGAAAUACGAAAAAAGAUGAAGAUGGGGAAAUAG